UGUCUCCGCCUCUUUGGUAAAAUUCCCAUGACGUCAAUGCAAACCAUUACGGAAGUAAACGAAGGCGACGAAACAGGGACAGAACCCUUAUUAGUUGCGUGUGUUGGUUUGCCCAGCAGUUACAGACUUUCAGAUACACUGUCGUCAUGUUGGGAGGAGGAUUCAAAGGAGAAAGGCUAAGAGUUAACCUGCGCCUGGUCAUAAACCGACUUAAACUCCUAGAGAAGAAGAAAACUGAGCUCGCCCAAAAGGCAAGGAAGGAGAUUGCAGAUUACUUGUCCUCUGGCAAGGAUGAGCGGGCCCGGAUUCGUGUUGAACACAUCAUCAGAGAGGACUACCUGGUUGAAGCCAUGGAGAUCCUUGAGCUGUACUGUGACUUGUUGCUCACUCGUUUCGGCCUCAUCCAGUCCAUGAAGGAACUAGAUCCAGGCUUGCAAGAGGCAGUGUCCACUCUCAUCUGGGCAGCACCACGCCUCCAGUCAGAGGUGUCUGAAUUGAAGAUUGUUUCUGAACAACUAUGUGCAAAAUACAGCAAGGAAUAUGGCAAGCUGUGCAGAACAAACCAGAUUGGCACUGUCAACGACAGGCUGAUGCACAAGCUGAGUGUGGAGGCUCCUCCCAAGAUUUUAGUGGAGCGUUAUCUGAUAGAGAUAGCUAAGAACUAUAAUGUGCCAUAUGAGCCUGAUGCUAUGGUCCGGCCUGAAGUGUGUCCUGGAGAGGAGGCAGAUCUAAUUGAUGUGGAUACAGACAGGAAGAAUGGAGGUGGAAGCGGUGGAGGUGGUUUCUCUGCUCCUCCUGCUACAGCUAUGCCCAUGCCCAUGCCGAUGCCCAUGCCUAUGCCUAUGCCAACAGCUUUUAACUACCCAGCUCCAAAAGGAGCGGAACCUUUUAACCCUUCGGUUGGAACCUACAACAGCUUCCCAGUAGCAGGAGGGCAGCCCCCUCAGCUGCCUUCUUCUCCCCCCACAUACGAGUCCAUUGAUGACUUCAAUGACAAAGGUUCUGUUCCUUCUCAGGUUGUAGGUCCUACUCCUGCACCUCGUCACACGUUUGACCACAACAACCUACCAGAACUUCCCUCCGUUCCCGACACACUCCCCACCUCCUCCCUGGGUGGGCACCCCACCAGUUCGGACGACAUCGACUUUGACGAUUUGACGCGGCGGUUCGAGGAGCUGAAAAAGAAGACCUAAUCUGUGACGCUGGUGGUCUGCGUACCUUAUCUCACAGGCCUGUGUCGUUACCUACACAAGCCAGAACAGGAAAUGGGAAAACAUUUAGGGUUUUGAAUCAGAUUUGGGUAGUUCUCCUCCCCAAUUUCUCCCAUAUAAAGUAAUUUUACAUAGAUUUUAAAUAUACAUAUACUCUUACCUCAUUUUCACAAAUAUUACCAACUUACUGAAGGUGUGGGUGCUCAGCAACCACCCAACCCUGUCUGCUAGAAAAUGUCUUUUCUUUUUCGGAAGGGCCACAUGAUUUCUUUUUUUUCCCCAAAUAGCAAAAUUUAUAUAUAUUUUCAAAAUUACAAUCAUGAGGCUGCCGAGACCUUUUCACUUGUUUUCUCUUAAGGUCAUGCUGCCUUUUUACUGUUUCCAAAUAAACCUGAGUGAGUCAACUAUUUAAUCAAAUCAAGAUUUUAUUUGCUUUUCCUAUGGUUUGGGGUUUGACUAAUAAAUGCAGUCUAUGCCUCGGCUCCAAUUGGUGCAUGAUGAUGCCGCUGUAAUCUUUUCCACUGUGUUUAUUCGUCAUGUCUCAGAGCAGACAGACAAGCCCGGCAGGUUUCCCCACUGGGAUAGGAAACGGCCAUUGGCACUUAAAUGAAGUCAGAUCUUCUCACAGCAGUUUCAUAAAGCAAUCGGACACGGAAGCCAUAUCUCCUGUGCUGUGCAGUCCGUCCUUGUAGUUGUAACACUGUGGAACUGAGGAUUUUGAAGCGACACCAUUCACUGAGCUGCUUCAAUGACAGGAAGAAGGUGUGUGUGUGUGUGAGGCCUUGAGGAAAAGCGAGCAGUGAAAUCUCAAAACCUAUGUGGUAGUUGAUCAGGCUUUGUUGUAAAAGUACAAAAAAAAAGUGUAUUAAACCAUUUAUAAGGAACAUUUACAGUAAUAUAGAUGAAUAUUUGCGCAAGUGAUUUACAGAUAAACCAAAAGAUGUUUGGCAGCAGGGCUUUGUUCAUUAUUUGAAGAAACUGUUUUAUAAUUACUGCGUCUGAAAAAUACUUCUCCCCCCCCUUUUUUUGAAUGUCUGUUUUACCAAACACA